AUGUCGACUUUCGGAACCUACUUCAAGGUCACCACCUACGGCGAGUCCCACGGCAAAUCCGUCGGCGUCAUUGUCGAUGGGGUGCCCCCUGGCCUCGCCCUCGACGAGUCCGACAUUCAGCCCCAGCUUACACGUCGCCGGCCCGGCCAGUCUGCCAUCACAACACCCCGCAAUGAGAAGGACCGCGUCACCAUCCAGUCCGGCACCGAGUUUGGCUACACCCUGGGCACACCGCUUGGCAUGCUCGUGCCCAACGAGGACCAGCGUCCCAAGGAUUACGGCAACAAGACGAUGGACCGUUUCCCGCGUCCCUCGCACGCCGACUGGACCUACCUCACCAAGUACGGCAUCAAGGCUUCCUCCGGAGGCGGCCGCUCCUCGGCGCGCGAGACCAUUGCCCGCGUCGCCGCCGGCGCCGUUGCCGAAAAGUACCUGCGCGAGGCCUACGGCACCGAGAUCACGGCCUUCACGACGAGCAUCGGCAACGUCCACCUCUUCCCGCCGACCCCUGAGCACCCCUCGCCCUCGACGAACCCCGCCUUCCUCUCGCUCCUGCAGACCAUCGACCGCGCCACCGUCGACAAGUUCCUGCCCGUGCGCUGCCCGCACACCGAGACGUCCGAGGCCAUGAACGACUACAUUGCCGGCUUCCGCGACCGUGACGACUCGAUCGGCGGCACCGUCACCUGCGUCAUCAAGAACCCGCCCGCCGGCCUCGGCGAGCCCUGCUUCGACAAGCUCGAGGCCCUGCUCGCCCACGCCAUGCUCAGCAUCCCGGCCACCAAGGGCUUCGAGAUCGGAUCGGGCUUUGCCGGCUGCGAGGUCCCUGGCUCGACGCACAACGACGCCUUUAUCCGCGCCCCCGAGGACGACGCCCGCGCCGCCGCCGAGACGGCCCGCCUCGGCAUCCCGCGCUCCAAGCUCACGACCAAGACCAACUUUAGCGGCGGCAUCCAGGGCGGCAUCUCCAACGGCGCCCCCAUCUACUUCCGCGUCGCCUUCAAGCCCGCCGCCACCAUUGGCCAGGACCAGACGACGGCCACCUACGAUGGCGAGGAGGGCGGCGUCCUCGCCGCCAAGGGCAGGCACGAUCCCUGCGUCGUGCCCCGCGCCAUCCCCAUUGUCGAGGGCAUGGCCGCCAUUGUCAUCAUGGACGCCCUCAUGGCCCAGCACGCCCGCCAGAUGACGAGGAGCCUGCUGCCGCCUGUGAAGAAGCCGGAGGCGUAG